GGGGCGGUGCCCAAGAGAGGCGGCGGAUUUCCGGUUCCGUGAGCAACGAACGGCUGCGGCGGCGACAGCUACCGCUUCAGAGAGGCGGCUGCGGAGGAGGAAGAGUAGGACGAGGCAAAGGGGCAGGCAGGCCCCUCGUCAUGGGUCCGCGAGCCUAGAACGGCGGAAGCUACCAGCCCGUCGCUGAGCUGGCCGCCAUCCCUUCCUGUGGCCCCCAUGGCUGAGGACUGGUUGGACUGCCCAGCCCUGGGCCCUGGCUGGAAGCGCCGAGAGGUCUUACGCAAGUCAGGGGCUACCUGUGGACGCUCAGACACUUAUUACGAGAGCCCCACAGGAGACCGGAUACGAAGCAAAGUUGAGUUGACCCGAUACUUGGGCCCCGCGUGCGACCUCACCCUCUUCGACUUCAAGCAAGGUGUCCUAUGCUAUCCAGCCCCCAAGGCCCAUGCUUUGGCUGUCCCCAGCAGGAAGCGGAAGAAGCCUUCAAGACCAGUCAAAGCUCAGCAGUGUCAGGUUGGACCCUGUAGGGGUGAGGUCAGGAAGGAGGCCCCGAGCGAUGAGACUAAGGCUGACACUGACACAGCCCCGGCUUCAUUCCCUGCACCUGGGUGCUGCGAGAACUGUGGAAUCCGCUUCUCCGUGGAUGGCACCCGGAGGAAGCGGCUCAAGACUUUGUGCAAGGACUGCCGAGUGCAGAGAAUUGCCUUCAACCGAGAGCAGAGGAUGUUUAAGCGUGUGGGCUGCGGGGAAUGCACGGCCUGCCAGGUGACUGAGGACUGCGGGGCCUGCUCCACCUGCCUCCUGCAGCUGCCCCGUGAUGUGGCUUCUGGGCUGUUCUGCAAAUGCGAGCAGAGACGCUGCCUCCGGAUUGUGGAAAGGAGUCGAGGGUGUGGAGUAUGCAGGGGCUGUCAGACCAGAGAAGACUGUGGCCGUUGUCGAGUCUGCCUCCGCCCACCCCGCCCAGGUCUCAGGCGCCAGUGGAGGUGCGUCCAGCGGCGUUGCCUGCGGGGCAAACAUGGCCGCCGCAGAGGAGGCUGCGACCCCAAGAUUGCUGCCCGGCGGCACUCCCAAACCCAGCCAUUGCCUCCACCGCCCCUAUUACAGCCUCCAGAGCCCACAGAGCUGCACCCCAGAGCCCUGGCCCCCUCAUCACCUGCUGAGUUCAUCUAUUACUGUGUAGACGAGGAUGAGCUACAGCCUUACACGAACCGGCGACAGAACCGAAAGUGCGGGUCCUGUGCAGCCUGCCUGCGGCGGACAGACUGUGGCCGCUGUGACUUCUGCUGUGAUAAGCCCAAAUUUGGAGGCAGCAAUCAGAAGCGCCAGAAGUGCCGCUGGCGCCAGUGCCUGCAGUUUGCCAUGAAGCGGCUGCUGCCCAGUGUCUGGGCAGGGUCUGAGGAUGGAGCAGAGCUGCCCUCACCCUGUCAUCGUCGAAGGAGGCCUGUCUCUGCCCGCCGGCCCCGGCCCGGGCCCACUCUGGGGUCCCCCUUAGCCAUGCCCAUAGCCCGACCGGGACAUGCCCAGGCUCCAAUGAAGCAGGAGUCAGGUGGUGGCUUUGUGCUGCCCCCACCUGGCACUGACCUUGUGUUCCUACGGGAGGGCGCAGGCAGUCCCGUGCCAGUGCCUGGCCCUGCCCAUUCCAUAGAAGCUCCGUUGCAGGUGAAGCAAGAGAAGAUGGAUGCCCAAGAAGACUGGACACCAGGCACAGCCAUUCUGAUUUCUCCUGUAUUGCUGCCUGGCUGUCCCAGCAAGACAAUAAACCCAGGCCUGAGACCUGUGAAGCAGGAGCCACCUGACCCUGAGGAGGACAAGGGGGAGGAGAAUAGGGAUGAUUCUGCCUUCGACUCAGCCCCAGAGGAGGAGGCAGGAGGAGCUGGCACACCUGUGAUCACAGAGAUUUUCAGCCUGGGUGGAACUCGCUUCCGGGACACAGCCAUCUGGUUGCCAAGUCUGCAGGGCAGGCAGUCGGGAAGGGAAGAUGGAUGUAAAGUGUGGGCGAGCGAGGACAUACUGGAGCCCACGGGCAGGAGCUGGAGCCCACGAGGAUGGCCUGGAACCCAUGUCAGUCUCCCACCACCUCCAACUUCGAUGAUGCUACGUAAACUGUUAACAGUAAAUGAAAAUGAGUAUUUUACCGAACUGAAAUUGAAAGAAGAAGCAUUAUAGGAGGAAAAAAAAAGAAUAAGAGAUUAUUAAAAGAGAAGAAAGACAUUAUUUUAUGACUCAAAAACUGAACCAGCGUUUCAGAAAAUGGAAUUCAAAUCCAGAAGCGUACCACAUUAAAAAUCUGAAGUGGGUGGAUUACAAAUGAUUAAGGAAUGCUAAUUUACAGUAAAUUGCAGCCUUAAGUGGGUAUACACAUCAGUUGUUUAUUAUUUCACGUCAGUGGUUGACGUAAUACUGUUUUUUCUCUGUGCUCUAUGCUCGCCCCCACUUUAGAAUGGGAGUACCAAAGUUUCAUUCUAAUUGGCCCUUGGAUAUUAACUGCCACCUUGCUCUUGACUGGAAAUGCAGCUGUGGUCUCCACCUGUGCUGAGGGCCUGGUCUGAGUUUCCUGAUCUGCGCUGUGUGUUUCCUGCCUGGGAUCCUGAUCCUCAGGAUCUGAUUGCUUGGACUUCUAAACCAUGUCCUGACCCCGGUCGACCGUGAGCUUCGGCUUUCAGACUCUUGGUCUUAUUGUGCCAGGUCGUGUGAUUGCCCUAUCAGCCCAUUUGAUCUACCCUCAUCCUCGGUUACCCCAAGUCUAAGCCGUGGUUUCUGCCCAGUGCAAUAGGAAGAUUUUAUUAUCAAUAAAUUUUUUAUUACAGAUGGAGUGGGCUGCAAAGCACUUAGGCUCUCAGCCUUGUCUUAGUUGUAACAUAAGGAUAAGACCUGCUGUUCUGUCAACCCUAUAUUUGUGAGGCUCAAAGGUUUUAUGUUGAAAAACCUUGCAAAUUGUAAAGAAUUACACAAGUAUAAGGUUGUCCUGUGAUGAUUAUUACUGGCAUCAACAUUAACCUACAGAUAAGUCACAAAAUUUAACCUUCCCACAAAAUGUUCAUUAACCUUUCUCAGGCAUUUAGAGUGAUUACAGGAUAUAAAUAGCAAAGUCAGUUGCAAUUGUGAUUAGACCUUCACCUUCUCUUUGGGUUAAGAAGGCUUUUUCUGUCGCUAUGAAUAAAUCCCAGAGGAAAAGAGCGAGGUGGGCUCAGGACCUGGGAAAA